AGUGGAGGGGAGCGGUGCGGAGUGGUGCUGCGCGGCGGCGGUGCUGGGAAGCGGCGAUGGCCGAUUACUGGAAAUCUCAGCCAAAAAAAUUCUGCGAUUACUGCAAGUGCUGGAUAGCUGACAACAGACCUAGCAUUGAUUUUCAUGAAAGAGGAAAGAAUCAUAAGGAAAAUGUGGCAAAAAGAAUUAGUGAGAUUAAAAAGAAAAGUUUGGAAAAAGCAAAAGAAGAAGAAAACAUGUCAAAAGAAUUUGCAGCAAUGGAGGAGGCUGCAAUGAAAGCCUAUCAAGAGGAUAUGAAAAGGCUUGGAAUUAAGCCAGAUGAUGUAGGUCCCAGUUCAACACAGAGUAAAAUGCAGAGUAACACAGUGGAAACUAAAGGAAAGAAAGAAAAGAAAGAGAAAAAGGAAAAGAAGGAAAAGAAAGAAAAGAAAAAAAAGUCAUCUCCGGACACCUCAGUGCCACCAAAAACUGAAACGAAGGAGUGGGUGCAAGGAUUAUCUCCCGAAGGCUAUACAUACUACUACAACACCAAAACAGGAGAAUCACAGUGGGAGAAACCGAAAGGAUUCCAAGGCAAUUCUCCAAACUCAAAAGCGACAGCGGAGUGGGUAGAGGGUGUCACUGAAGAUGGUCAUACUUACUACUACAACACACAAACAGGAGUAUCCACAUGGGAGAAACCAAGUGGUUUUGUUUCAUCUUCAACUGGGAAGAGUCAAACAGAUUCCAAAACAUCUGAUUCAGACUCAGAAGACAGUGAGAAUGAAGCAGAGAGUUCGGAAACAAAUUUCAAGAGGAAACGAGAUAAUGGUGAUGAAUCAGAGGAAGGGAAAAAGUCUCCCAGAGCUAAGAAGUUAAGUCCUUAUGGGAAAUGGCGAGAAGUUAAGUCAGAAGAAACUGCUGAUAAAGAGGAGAGUUCAUCCCCUUCCCAAGAAGCCUCUGGUGACACAUCCAGCAAGACCAAUCCUUACGGAAAAUGGAAAGCAAUUCCAGAGAAAGAAGAAGAGGAGGAGGAAGAACCAAGUGAAAAAGUGGACCUGGAGCUUCCUAGUACAGAGAGUGACAGUCUGCCACCCCCAGUGGCAGAGGAUGCAGACGAUGCGACAGUGAUAUUUAAAGAGAAGACAGUCACCUCCCUUGGAGAGCUGACAGAAGGGGUGCCAACAUUUAAAAAGAGGAAAUUCGAAAAUGGAAAAUCUAGGAACUUAAGACAGAGACUGAGUGAUCAGUAACACUUAACAAAUAAUACUUGAUUCUGUUGAAGCAAGAGUGAAUCAGAAGUGUAAUAUUUUAAACAGGCUUUUAUAAAGAAGAUGUUGGAUAGAAAUUAAGGAUUUAUAGGGAUUGAAACAUGUGAGUUGUAAUAUUUUUUAAUUCUAUUUUGGUGUGAUUGAUCUUGGAAUGGAAGUCUCUGUUCUGUUACUUAUGCAAUAUUGUAAAUACAUCUAUUUUAUCUGUACAAUCUAAGUUCAGUUUGCUCUGGGUAUGCUGUUUUAAAUGUGUUGCAUAAGUUUUUUUACUCCUUUUCUGAGAGAAUGUAGUCAUUCUUAAUCUGGCAGAAAGGAUGCAGACCUUUUGUGUUUUCACAGAGGAACUGGAUCAAUGACAUGUACUAGAGAGUAAAAUCAUCCCCUAAGAUUGAUUAAGUGGAGUAGUUCCCCAGCUAAUGAGUGAAAAUACUGUGCUUACUAACCUUUGGCUAAUUGCUUGCAGAAGAGUAGGUGGUGAGACUGCCAACAUUUCAGUGUGAUCCUUUGAUGAAAGCUGUUUCUAGAGGAGUUUGUCACAUCAGUGCCACUCAUUCCAAGUGAUGUUUGGAAAAUCAUUUGUGUUCAUGCACAAUAAAUGUGUUAAAUCUCUGCAGAAGAUUUAAACAGGAUGGAUCUUAACUUUCUGUGAAAGCCCCAGAGCCUGUUGGAGCAGAUAGUUCUAUGGUGUCUUCCUGUUGUAUUUUGCUUUAUUGUUGUCUGUGCCUGAGCUUUUCCUUCUUUUUGCACAUCAAGUUUUCUUUUUUUGGUCUUACUUUCUUUUUUAUCUCUUUUCCUGACAUGACAAAAUGUCCCUUUCAUGACAAAACAUUCCAAAGACCUGGCCCUGCUACAGCAUGCAGAACCCUUUUUGAGGUUGAUGUAUUUUGUCUGUUGGUAAGAGGAGUGUAUUGAAUAGUUGCAGUGACUAAGCUGAGAGGGCCUAAGUGUAUUGAAGUUUCAUCAUUCUCAGUAGCAUGGGAGAGAAAACAGAAGAUGGGUAAGUGUAGCUGAUGGUUGUACUGUCCAUGAGGGCUUGGACAUUUUCUUAAGGCCUGCAGGUUCGAUUUCUUCACUAGGUGGGAUUGCUCUGCAUUUAGCAUGAUCAGGAUUCAUUGUGAAAGGAUACAGCUCAACUCAUUGCUUCUCCAGCUGUCAAACAGUGGACCACAAAUGUUCAAAUCAUGAACCCACUAAAAAUACAUCUCUUUGUAAGCUUGUAGUGUUUUGUUCAGCAGCAUCACAGCCAAAACCAGAGGGUGCAGUUAAAACAGUUGUCAUAGUCCAGCUGCAGCAAAAUGGAGUUUGUAACUGCUGAGCUUGAACUUCCCAGAGAAAACAACUGUUAAUCCAUCCUAUCAGCAAAGAAAGGCGUGUGAGACAGGGAAUCUGUUUAUCAUGUCUUACAAAGGACACCAAGGUCUUUUUUCUAUGCAGUGAUGUUCUGUCUAUGUGUAGAAGAGAACUGAGUAUUGUGUUUAACCCCGUGUGUUUCUCUGGCUUGUUUCUUCUGAUGUUUGUUUUGAGAAAUUUGAAAGUUUCCUGUAAUACCCAGCCCUGGAUUGUCAUUUAGAGAUGCUGGAUGUGUGCUGGAUGCUCUCAUACAUUCUUGCAUACAUGCAGGAAUGUACAGCAAGUACUCUAUAUGAAAGACCCCACAUGCCAGGCUAGAGCAGAAGUGUACUUUCUGCUGAGGAGGGGUUGUCAGGUUUCUUUAAAAAGCAGUUUUCAGGUUUUGUUCAUGUCUGAACACUGCUGCAGCAGCUUGGAGCCUCAGUAUGUUUGUAACAUGUUUAUGUGCAUUUCCUCUCAGCUUACACAAGUAUUGUCCUUCAGCUAACUCACUUUCCCUCCUCUUGAAUCCAUCGUGUCUUUUCAGCAUCACAUAAUAUGUCCUUGUGUGGCACUCCACGACCACCACUUCUCUUCACCUAUUCCAGCCCGAGUUUGCCUGGGCUCUGUGUUCAAGGAAGAUUAAGGCCAGGGGUGAUGUCACUAAUACUUCCUUGGACUACUGGAAGCGCCUCUUGAUACAUGUGGCUCUAAAUCACAUUUGCCUUUCACAUGACUGCAUCACGCUGCCUGCCGUUGGCACCCUGUGAUUUUCCAGUACAACCAGCUCUUUCUGCUGCUCUGCCAUUGCCAGCUGCUGCGUUAACAGCUGAUCCUGCUUUCCUUCCAAGCACAAUCAUUUUCUUCCUUACAAACUGGUUUUGUACUGCUGUACUCAUCUGCUUCUGUUACUCCAAGCCUAAAGUGUAUACUUUUCUUUAAGAGCUCUGGAAAGUGUUUACUGGCACAGUAGUAUAGGACUUUUAUUUGUAGGCUCCACUUUUAAAUCCUCUGAGGAGCUCGUCUUUUCUCUUAUAGUGAGGUUCCCAAAAUAUUAACAUCUUUCCUUAAAAAUUUUGUCACACUGAAGUGGCCAUAGGCAGUGAUUUAAGAUACCUGUAACUAAGCUGCUUAAGGAGGUGUUUAAAACCAUCUGAAAGUGAGUGCUCUAAACUUGUUUCCUUGAGGAGCUGCUGCUAGUUGUAGUAUCAGCCAAAGGUCUUUGCCAAGUACGGUGUUAAAUAGACAAACUGAAGCAUUAGUGGAAAAGAUACUAAACGUUCUUUGUUCACCGAUAGUAAAGUUGGUUUAAAUACCAUACACUUGCUUUUGCUGAUGGGACUUCUAAAGCCUGUAUUUCACAAAGAAAUAGAACUCUCUGCUCCCUGCUACCUCUGAGUUUGAGGAGAGACUGAGAAAGUUGGGGCUGUUCAGCCUGGAGAAGAGAAGGCUGCAUGGAGACCUCAUAGCAGCCUUCCAGUAUCUGAAGGGGGCCUUAUAGGGAUGCUGGGGA